CGAUCAGCCUGCGCGGUGUUUGGGUGAAUUGUAUCCCAAAUUCAUUCUCGCAUCGAUUUUUUAAUUUAUAAUCAAAAAAACAUAUAUUAAAAAACAAAGAAAACAAAAUUUUAAACAAUAAUCGACAGGAAAUAAAAUCAAGAGCCAUGACUUCAUUGAAACUUGCAGACGAUCAGCGAUUUGCUCUCAUGAAGUUUAGAAGAAGUGUUCAAGAUGUUUUAAAGCCCGACCACGACGAUCAAUUUUUAUUACGAUGGCUCAGAGCGAGAAAGUGGGAUGCAGUUGCAGCAGAAAAAAUGUUAAGAGACUCCCUGGAGUGGAGAAAACAAUGGGAAGUCGACAAACUAGAAGAAUGGGACCCCCCACAAAUUUUGAAAGAUCACCUGCCCCAUGGAUUAUGUGGAUACGACAAAGACAAUGCCCCAGUGGCAAUAAUUCCAUUUGCUGGAAUGGACAUGUAUGGAAUUUUACACGUUGUUUCGAGAAGGGAAAUGAUUAAGGUAACAAUAAAGCAUUUGGAAAAAUAUUUAAAAGUUUGUCAAGAACAAGCAGCUAAACAUGGCCCAGUUGCUGGACAAGUUACUGUAAUAUUCGACAUGGAAGGAUUUAAUCUACGCCAGUAUAUGUGGAGACCAGCUGGAGAAGUCGUAAUAGCUUUGAUUCAAAUGUACGAGGCAAAUUAUCCAGAAAUUCUGAAGACCUGUUUCAUCAUAAAUGCUCCCAAAGUAUUUACACUUGCAUUCUCAAUUGCUAAAAAAUUUAUGAAUGAGUACACAAUAUCGAAAAUUCAAAUUAUCAAGGCUGAUCCGAACAAAUGGAAACCUGCAAUUUUAAAAAUAGUACCUGCCGAUCAAUUGCCUGCUCAUUUUGGCGGAACUCUAAAAGAUCCUGAUGGAAAUCCCAAACUCACAACAAAAAUUUGCCAAGGAGGGAAAGUUCCGAAAACUAUGUACGUAAAUAAGAACGAAAAGGAUAGCAGUGAUUUCACAACUGCUACAGUGAAAAAGGGAGACAAAUUAAAAUUGGAUCUUCCGGUGGAGGAAGGUGGAUCAAUUUUAAGUUGGGAAUUUAGAAGCGAAGACCAUGAUAUUAAAUUUGGAAUAAUGAGAAAAAAUAACGAAGGUGCUCAAAUUGAACUUAUACCCAUGCACCGAGUUUCUGCGCAUCAAAUGGAUGAAAUUGGUCUUCUUACUUGUGAAGAGCCUAGCACGUAUUCGGUCAUUUUUGACAACACCUAUAGUCUUUUAAGGAAUAAAAAAAUUCACUAUUCUGUUCGAAUUUUGCCUCCAACGAACGUUUUAGAAGAAGUAAGUAUGUCAUAAAUAAAGGCUCGUUAAAAAAAAAA